CCCUGUAGUUUUGACUCAAACAUGGUUGUCCACUUGAUCUCUCUCCUCACACAAACCCUAGCCCUAAUCAUUCUGUCUCUUCCCUCUAUCAUCAACACUUCUCAACUUGAUUACGACACUCUUGUUUUCAAACAAUGCGAUCCAUUGGACGCAAACAUCCUCCAAAAAGCAACAACAAAAUCUCCAAAUUACUCGAAUCAGAAUCUCUUUCUUCGUGCACAAGCCCUUUCUUCUUUCUUACGCAAACUCGAAUCAGAAUCCUCUCGAUCUAAAUUCUUGAAGACUCUAGUUGGUAACGAAAAACACGCUGUCUCUGGAUGGUUCCAAUGCAGAGAAGAUUAUCCGAGUGAGAUCUGCCAUAAAUGUGUUGGUGAUCUUCGUGAAAUUUCGUCUAGAUCGUGUGGAAAUGCCACGUCAGCUCGUAUUCAUCUUCGAGGAUGUCAUUUGAUAUACAAAUUCGAACGUAUUGAUACCCCUGGCGCUCAAGUUAAUAAUCAUCACAAGUACAAGUUAUUUGAGACCCCGGAACACGGUCUCAUCCACAAGAUAUGCGAUGGAGCUACCGCGGAGACUUUCCCCGGAUUCGAAGAGAUGAGGACGGAGGCACUCACUGCAGCCGAAACAGGAGUUGUUGACGGUCACGGAUUCUAUGAGGAUAGCUACAAGCUCCUCCACGUUGUGGCUCAAUGCGACGGCCACGUUGAAGCUUGCGAUUGCGGCGAGUGCAUAAGUUCAGCCGCGGCAGCAGCAGCAGAAGAGUGUCGGUGGUCCAUAGCCGGACAAAUAUACUUAGAAGGGUGCCACGUCGGUUAUACAUAUCACCCACAUGAACUUCCCAAUGAUUCAUACCACGAAGAAGGUUCAAAAGUAAACACGGGGAAGUCGUUGGCGAUUGUUGUAGGAGGAGUAGCGGCAUUGGUCUUUGUUGCUAUCUUUUUUAUGUUCCUAAAAAGCUUGCGGAAAAAAGGAGAUGAUUGUUGAAGGGUACAUGAUCAGAGAGAUGUUGGGAAAAUAAUUCUGUUCCUUGUAUUUGUUCUACCAACCAAGGAAAACCUCCUUCUUUCCAUUUUUCGAUUGUGGAAAUAAAAGUGGUAGGAUACGUAAUUAAUCAUGUAACUAUUUGCCCUAAAAGUUAUAUAACAUCCUUUAAUAACUACGACGUUUGCUUUAACAAAAAAAAAAAAUAACUACAGUACGACGUUUGAAGUAAGAAGAUUAUAUAUUUAUGUUUUGUAACCCCCAGAACUAAUACAUAUCACGUUAUAGCCCAUAACUUUUAUUUAAUUAUGCUGUGCUUUUUAGUCAAUGGGCCUAUUUUAAUGGACCUACACAAUCAUGGAAAUAAAUCUGGAAAUAAAUC